AUGCGCUAUGCCUCUGACUGCGGUCAUGGGAACGUCAUUCCGCUCUCCCCUGCUCGGCGGCUGCAGCAGCGUGUCCGCAGCGCCCUCUGCCGGACACUUGGAGAAAUCAUAACUGCCGCCAAUCCCCUCUGCGGGGUGUGUAGGGGCGUCAAGCCGUGCUCCCCAGCCCCCUUUGUCACUCGGGAGAAUGCAAUGCAGCUCCCCCACCGCGAUGUGGAGAUUGUGAGGUCUGGCUCCAGCCAACGGAGAUCAGACACAGGAGUAAGGACGACCCCAGAUAUCCCACGCGCCACUGCAUCCCGCGCCCAGCGCCUACGUCCCGCCACCGUCGCCACCGUGCCCAAGAGAAAGGCUGAAGGGGAUGCUGAAGGAGACAAAGCCAAGGUGAAGGACGAACCACAGAGAAGAUCCGAGAGGUUGUCUGCUAAACCUGCUCUUCCAAAGCCAGAGCCCAAGCCUAAAAAGGCCCUUGCAAAGAAAGGAGAGAAGGUACCCAAAGGGAAAAAGGGAAAAGCUGAUGCUGGCAAGGAAGGGAAUAACCCUGCAGAAAAUGGAGAGGCCAAAACAGACCGGGCACAGAAGGCCGACGGUGCUGGAGAUGCCAAGUGAAGGGUGUGUAUUUUUGAUAACUGUGUACUUCUGGUGACUGUACAGUUUGAAAUACUAUUUUUUAUCAAGUUUUAUAAAAAUGCAGAAUUUUGUUUAACUUUUUUUUUUUUAAGCUAUGUUGUUAGCACACAGAACACUUCAUUGUUGUUUUGGGGGAAGGGGUAUAUGUCACUAAUAGAAUGUCUCCAAAGCUGGAUUGAUGUGGGGAAACGCCUUAUCCUUCCAGUUUUGAGAGACUUCCUCUUGGCUCCCAGGAGGAGGGAUUCCCUGACUUUGACACACAUGGACCCCUUGGCACACAAAAGCCUUGUGGUAUGGAAAAACAAAUUCAUUUUUAUGUCCUCUUCUCCCUUUCCGUCUUUCAGCAUAGACUUAGCUCCCUUAAGCCCAGACAUCUGUUGGGACCUGACCCCCCAGUCAUUGGUUACCAGUGGGUCAGGCAAUCUGGACUUGCCAGUGAUGCCACUGAGAUGGCACCUGUCAAAAGAGCAGUGAUUCCAUUUCUAGAUUGUGGCUCUUCAGAUAAAUUCUGCCAUUUUCAUUUCACUUCCUGAAAGUCAGGGUCGGCUCAUGAAAAGUUGUUAAACAACAUGCUAAAUGUGAAAUGUCAACCUUCACUCUAAACUUUCCCUGUUCAGAGCAUCAGAUGAAGAUUUCAUUGGGUUUUAUAGUGGCUUUCUGAUUUUUGGUAGUCUAUCAAAGAAGGGAGUUUGAAAGUUGUUGUAUACUGUUAACGAUUGUCUGCCCAUGUCCUGCCUGAAAUACCAUGAUUGUUUAUGGAAAGUAUCUUUAAUAAAGGUGGAUACAGUUUGGCUUGGAAAAAA